AUUUUUUUGGUAUUGAGGAAGCAAAGGGCGCUCCAACUCCAGCUCCUUGCCUUGACCGUCAGCUUACUUGUAAGAAGCGCCAACGACCGGAUUCCUUUUUCCCGCGAAACAGCCCAACAGCAACAGAAAGUGCAUGUGUGGGAGGCAAAGAGUGGUAUUUUUACAGCCAACGGGACAGAAAAUAUGCGACGGGGAUAAGAACGAACCGGGCCACCAUAUCCGGGUACUGGAAAGCCACGGGUAAAGACCGGCCCGUAUGCGUUGAUGGAACAACCCUUGUAGGAAUGCGAAAGACUUUGGUAUUCUACAAGGGCCGGGCUCCCAAAGGGAGAAAAACCGAGUGGGUCAUGCACGAGUUUCGCCUUGAAGGAACCCUAGGGCCCGGCCCCAACACACCUUCUCUUCCCACAAAGGAGGAUUGGGUUCUAUGCAGAGUUUUUCACAAGAACAGAACAGAAGUUGCAUCCAAACAAGAAAUAACCGGAAUCACGACUUCUUCUUCACCAUCACCAUCACCAUCUCCAUCUCUCCCAUACAAAUACAACGUCGCCGCAUUUGACCAAAAUAUUCAGGCCACGACCAAUGAUCUUCAUCAUAAUUAUGAGCAAGUGUCCUGCUUCUCCAUUUUUCCAACACCCCCUACUUUCUCUCUCAUCGAUCCCGGUUCAGACGUAUCACUUCCACCUCCACCCACAAUAGUUUCCCACUUACUGCAUGCCGGCGCCGGAGCUUGGAAUCAUCUAUAAUUCCUUACUCAUGAUCGAUGAUCCGUCUUCAGUUGUGGUAGGAAGGUACUGAUCAUCUGAUGUAGUCAUUGAGAAACCCUGUGAUUGUUUUGAGUUUUCAUCAAGAUUAGGGUUUUGCUGCCGUGAAAACUAAUACUUGUGUGUGUGUGUGUAUAUAUGACUGUUUAGACUACCUAGGAUAGGGAUUUCUACUACGUCAGUAAUUAUGAAAACAGAACUGAAUGAUUAUGUUGUAGUGAAACUUAUAUUGUGUUGA